CUGUUUCCAUUCUCUGAAGGUCAGUUACUUUCUUUUGCUAUCAAACCUUUCUAGAGACUGAAGAUGAGUUGGAAUUACACUCCAAACAGCUAUUACUAUGACUAUCAAAGUGGAAACUCUGGAAGCCAGUAUGGACAAUCAUACCAAGGAUCAGAAAUUUCUUUUACAGAUCCUAACACUGUGUAUGUAAAAGGUGCCUGCAAAAAUAAUGGAAGAGAAGGAGCACAAGGAGGUAUUGGUACCUACUGGGGACCAAACCAUAAAUUAAACACAAGUAGUACGUAUUCUGGACGACAGACAAACCAAAGUGCAUCUUUAGAAGCAGCUACAAAAGUGAUUGAGCAAGCAAAGGCUCAAAAUAAGAACAGAAUCACUGUAUGCACAGAUAACCAACUUGUCACCAAAGGUAUGACCGAGUGGAUUGACACAUGGAAAGCAAAUGACUGGAAAACAAGCAAAAAUAAAGAUGUUGUCCACAAAGAUCAUUUUGCCAAGUUGGAUUCUAUGACUCGAGGCAUGAAUGUUGAGUGGAAACAUGUACCUGCUGGUUCUAAAGAAGGAGGCAAUGCUGAAGCUCGAAGACUAGCAAAAAAUGCAACUAGAAAGAAGUGAGAAGACUAGAUCAGUACUUAAGACAGUUAAAAAGUUUCCGUGUUUAACAUUGCAAUACCUUUUCUCUCCCUUAUUCCCUUGUUUUGGAAUUAUACUCCAUGGCUAUUUUUGCCAGUUUGUUGUUUUUUCUCUGUGCUGUUUUAAUUUUUUCCCUAAUACAAAUAAGAAAGAAUUGCAUAUUGUAGAAAUUGUUUUAAGAGAAGACAUUAUUUACCCAGCAGCUACUCCCCCCUCCCCCAUUCCCUCAAGUAUGUACUCAAAAUGCCAAUUAUUACUUGGAACUUAGGAAUAAAAAUUCAAUAAGUCUUAUUUUCCAUUAAUUCAUAAUUUCUGAUUUAUGCACAUCCUAGACUCUUCCAUAAAAUACUGCUUUUUCCAUUUAAGAUUAAUACCGAGUUGACAAAGGUAAAAUUCAAUAACAAAGGGAAAGACUCAAAAAAAAUUCUGAUCAAUAAUGUUGAUUAGUUCACAUCAAAAUUUUUUCCUCAUUCUUUCUGUGUGUGAAAUGUGUUUUAUAAUUCUUGGAUACUGGUUACUUGUAUCUAUUUCCAUUAAACCUCUUUAAGACUUAGCAACUA